GCGCGCAUUCGUCCGAACGGUGAUCGACUGCUUUUCCUGUCGUUUGUGGGAAGCUUAAUCGAAAGAAGAUUGUCAUAAAUCGAGUAUGGGAAGUCGCUUAUGUCAAUCUGUCGUAAAAGAGAAGCGUUAACUGUUUGCCAAUAUUUGUGACUACGGUACUUAAUGUGCAUUUGAUUCCCAAACAUGGAUUUGUCAGAAAUCCUAACCAAACUCCAGCUGGAAAACAAGGAGACUUCAGACAGCACUUCUCCUCAGCCUUGCAUUCCUGUCUCCAAAGCUCUAUCACAGAUUCAACAUUUGUUCCGAGCAGCAACGUCACCCAAAUCUCAGGAGGGCAUUUUAAAAGAUAUCCGAUCGUUCCUGUCAGCAGCAGAUGUCCACUGGCUUUUCUCCCCAUGCUGCCAAAACGCAGGGCUCAAUAUUGGUGACAUAUGGAAAGAGUUUGUUAACUCCCUCAUCCAGCAUACCAUCCUUCCAAAAUGUGAGUUGGACAGUGGAGAGUUACCGGAAAGUUCAUAUCAGCUCAUUCCUGACCGGGCAAAGAACAUAACAGAAGUGCUUCUGAUUCUCUUGAGUAAGGCUGCUGCAGAAAAGCACUUGAACCCUUGUAACAGCACCGUGGUGCCUGAAACAUCACCUGCCAGCACCCUUUUACCUUCUGUCUUUAUUUUUGCUGCCACACAUCUGCAGGAUUAUCCCUGGACCACUGCCAGCUCAAGGUUUGCUGCCAACAAACUGAUGGACCUUCUGGUGGAGACAGCUUAUUGCAAAAAUGUGCGUGAGCUGUUGUGUGGGAAACAAGAUGGAGGCACAACUGGGAUUUUUGGAGCAGUGUUAGAACUGCAAAGACCAGAGCUCAAAAAAGACACAUGGAAGUUGAACCAGGCAACCAAACAUGUCUUUUUGUGGAGUCUACUUCAAGUGCCUCGACCAUGGCUGUGUGUCCACCUCGAACAUGUUUUUCCUGCCUCUUUGAUUAUUUCAGAUGAUUAUCGAACAGAGAACAAGGUCCUUGGCGUGCGCUGUCUUCAUCACAUCGUCAUGAAUGUACCUGCGGCUGAUCUGCGGCAGUACAACAGAGCCCAGGUGUUGUAUCAUGCUUUGUUCAACCAUUUGUACACCUCUGACGCUGACCUCAUACAAGUAGUUUUACCAUGUAUGCUAGAUCUACUACAAGUACUAGAAAACCCAUCCCAUAGGGCAGGGGACCCUCGCAAACCCAAUCGGUAUGACGAAGUCUUGCGACUCAUUUUGAUGCACAUGGAAAUGGAGCACAAGAUCAAGUUACGAAGAGUCUAUGCAAGAAAUCUGCCACCCUUCAUAGAAAGGCUGGGCAUUUUAAUUGCCCGUCAUCUGAAGAGACUGGAAAGGGUCAUAGUUGGCUUCCUGGAGGUUUGUGAUGCACCAGAGGAAGAGGCAAGGCUGUAUGUCCUGAAGACACUUGAAAGUACAAUAAGACAUGCCUGGCCAAGAAUAGCCCCCCGACUGCAUGUGCUGGUGAAGUCCCUUGUGAAUCUGCUUUAUGAUGUGUCCACUGACUGCAGCUCCACACCACAGACCAUGAAGGAUGAGCUGCUAGAGCAUGUGACCCGCUGCCUCCUCCUGCUGAGUGAGCUCUGUGGUCAGGACCUCCAGGCCGUACUUGGCGGUGUUCACGGCAGCUGUUCAGACGCUCGUGUCAGCCAGUGUCUUGAGAAGGUCCUCCAGAGUAUGAGGUGCCUGCAGUGAGCUUUAAAGGAGCAGCUUUGAGGACCCCACCCUGUGACUGACCAAUGGACAAGCUUCACUCGCCACUCUGGUCUAAAACAUCCUGCCUGCUUGUCUUUUAAUUGCUGCUUUGUGGUUCCCAAAACUGUAUAUUUUGAAGUAUUUUUUUUUUUUUUUCUCCACAUUAAACGUCACAUUAAAGAA